GCUCCCAAAGACCAAGUCCUCGUGGAAAGAAAUUUGUCGUGGCUUUCAUGCAAGACCACCAGAAAUACCAACGCAAGCUAUCUGACAUUAAAUACCAGCUGCUGAUCACUGGUCAUCAUCCCUCAACUCUUACCAAAGUGUCAGUAAGCAAGCAUAUGUUCUGGAGAACACUUGUAAUCAGCAAAGGAAUGGUAUUAACAGUUAAUCUCCCAGACACAUUUCAGAUGAGUGAAUCAAAUUAUUUUGAUGGGACUGUGUUCGUUGAAGCUAACAAAGACAUUUCAGUCUUUGCCCAGGGUCACAGAGGGUCUUUGGUUGGCACUACUCGUUUGCUCCCGGUCCACCUGCUAGACAGAGUGUAUCAUGUGGUAACUCCAAAUGAUAGCAACACAGAUGGUUUCAAGGAAUUUGCCAUUGUAGCUCAGGAAAAUGCCACUGAUGUUGAUAUUUCCCUAAAAGGAGAUGUGCUAUUCAAUGGACAGGUUUAUCCUGCAGGGAGCAAACUUUCUGUUAAUCUUAAGGCAUUCCAAGCACUUCAGCUGCAAAGCUCAGAUGAUUUAUCAGGUACCAGAAUUGAAUCAAAAGAACCCGUGGCUGUCUUCAGUGGACACAGCUGUAUUAUGAAAAACAACGACUGCAACCAAGUUUUUGAACAGCUGCUGCCCAGUUCAAGCUGGGGUACCUUCUUCAUUGUCCCUGAGCUCCCUUUCCAAAACAGGGAUGGCAUACUGUAUAUAACAGCUUCUCAAAAGACUUAUCUCAAAUACCAACAUGGGAAUGUGCUCAGCUCCCAGACCCUGGUAUCUGGAGAAGUCAUGCAGUUAAACAAAUAUUCUUCUGAGCCAGUUUCUAUUUCCGCCAGUGCUAGAAUCCAGGUGCUUUACUUCUCUACUGGUGGUGAAAGCCAAGGCCAUGGACCAUUGCUACUCAAUAUUCCAGCUGUUACAACCUUUUGCAGAUCAUAUGAUCUUCCCUACAUGAAGCAUUUGGAUAAUUAUGCUAUCAUCAUAGCCAAAACCUCCGAUCUCAGUGGAAUCAGAAUACAGUGGAAGUCCUUUGCAAAAAGCCAGUGGAAAUCAGUCCCAGACACAGAAUACUACUGGACUGAACACAGCUUGGCUAGAGGAGGAGGUAUUCUUUCUUCAUUGGAUUUUCAUGUUCCACUUGGGGUCUUCACCCUUGGAUUUUCACAGAAUGAUGGCUAUGGCUCACAGGAUCAUUGUACCUCCCCUAUGACCUGUCCAGCUAACAGUCACUAUGAAGUCUGCACUGACACUUGCUCCAACCGCUGUGCCAACGUCACAGAUACUGAGCCAUGUCCAGAGACCUGCAUGGAGGGCUGCCAGUGUGAUGAUGGGUUUUUAUUUGAUGGCGUUGCUUGCAUUCCCAAAGAAAACUGUGGGUGCUUCAGCAACGGACACUAUUAUCAG